AGACAAUAAUAUCUUACAAGAAUUUCAUAAAAGAAACCUCUUAAAAUCUUAAUCCAUAAAACACAAGAUUUUUUCUUCGAUCAUAACUUUUUUUUUUUUUAAUUCCUUGAAAUUUCAAUUACUCUACAUUGAAAGCAGAUGUGAAUGGAAGAACGCGACGCUAAAAUGGACGCAGUUUCAAAGGGAUUGGAAGCUUCAUUACACAAUUUGAUUCAACUUCACCAUCACAAAUCUCUCAUACUUGCCAAUCAAACCGAAAAAUCGAAGAAAGAUGCAAUUAGGAAAGCCGUACGCGUUUCAGAUCUGUUGGUGGAAGCUGUGAAUGGCGGUGUUCAAGAUUCUUUCAUUUAUCAAAAGAGGAUUGAGCUUGAAAUUCGUGCUCUUGCUGUCACUAUUACUAGGUUUACCAAACAAACGGAUCAGUGGCUUAAUGCUACUCAUUCUCUCAACACAGCUAUCAAGGAAAUUGGAGACUUCGAGAAUUGGAUGAAGAUCAUGGAAUAUGAUUUUAAAAGUAUCAGUGCAGCUAUACAAAACAUUCACCAAGACUGAUCUUGCAGGUUGCAUCAUGUAAAAUUCUAAUCCCUUUCCAAUUCAUUUAUCUAUUCUAGACAUAAUUUCCAAUAUCAUGUAAAGUUUAUUAGGAAACGAGUGACUUGUUUCUCAGAAAAAUAAGCGCCUUAAAGAAGAAAUAACCUCGUAUCCAUAUUCUGAAUGUAAAUUAUGUUUUUUUUAUCAAGAUUCUAGAACAUUUAAUUAGAAAGAACUUUUCCUGACUCA